CCGAGUUGUAUUUUUUUUCUAGUUCCCGAAGAUCGUGAUGUCGAGAUUACAAUCGUCGAUAUCCUGGACUAUGUUGGAGACUCGGUACGCCCCAUAAAGGAAGGGUUUGCGGUAUUUGACGCAAAUCAUAUAAUUUGUUUGGGCUACCGCACUACAAAUACAAGCAGUGUGCAUAUCACAGCGUAUGUUACCCAAAGCUCCCAUCCGGGCCAUUCGCCGCAUCAAGUGAACCUAGACCUGGGACCUGGACCUGGAUCUGUAUCCGAAUGGAUACUAAAUUGCACGUGCAAAGCAGGUACAGCAAAAUGUAAACACAUUAUUGCCUGUCUGCUUUACAUUGAAAAGCACAAACGGGUCGAGUUCCUAUCGUGUACUGAUGUUUCCCAAGCAUGGGGUAUGUCAAAAGCCCACAAAACUGCAGCCUGGGGAGCGAAGCGCGUCAAAGACAUGUGCUGUGUACUGACCCCAAAAAAAAUCAAUGUAGAUGUAGAGGGCGGUUUGAAGGAAGAAAGGAUAAUCAAAAUGAAGUAUUUAUUUAUUUAUUUAUUUAUUUAUUAACUUCAUCUUCAGCUAUAGCUGUACAGAUUGUUUGUUUACUUAAAUUAAUUGCCUAAUCCUAGUUUUAAAAGUCGUUCUAGUUAAAUUAAAAUCAAACCAUGGUACACUGUUUAAUAAGCAAACGCAUCUCUCAAACGGGUGAUGCUGACCAUACGCUGUGGAAUGCCGAGCAACCCAGAACAAUUGUCGGUGACGUAAACGACGAGCCGGAGCAUAGAAAUUGACUUGAUGUAGAAGAUCUGGACAGUCUAAACGGUCACAUAAAAUAUCGAAUGCGAACAUCAUCUGUAGGAACUUACGUCUUUCACGAAGAGUUUCCAGUCGUAUCAGCUGACAUCGUUGUUCGUAUUGUGGUAGUCUCCGCGGGUUAUUCCAUGGAAGCCUUCUUAGCGCAAACCUCAAAAAACUGCGUUGAACUCGUUCUAAACGUUGUAUCUGAGUUUCAUGAUAUGGUGCCCAAACUGGCACAGCAUAUUCGAGUACACUACGCACAAAACAGCUAUACAAGGUUUUGAGAGCGUACACGUCAUCAAAAUCGGCGGCAUUACGACGAACGAAGCCUAGCAGCGAGAAACCUUUAGCCGUUGUCAGAGAUAUAUGUUCGUUGAACUUUAGCUUUGAAUCCAUAAUCACUCCGAGAUCUUUUAUAGAUUCAACACGUUCAAUUUUGUCUCCGUCUAUGGUGUAUUCAAAGCUAAUUAGAGGCCUAGAUCUGCGGAAGCUUAUUAUUUUACAUUUCCCGGCGUUCAACAGCAUACCAUUAGAUACACACCAGCUAUCUACGGUAUCGAUGUCCUGCUGCAGAGCAAUGCAGUCGACGACGGAGCUGAUGAUCCUAUACAUUUUCAAGUCGUCUGCGAACAUAAGGCGGUGAUCUCCGAAUCUCCGAAUCAUUCGACCGGAUUCUUGCAGGUAUUUUUUUUUUCGAUCGCAACGUUGGAUCUGGUGGACAUAACCGUGUAUUUUUAGCAAUUCUACAGUUAUAGGCUUUCUUUUCUGGCUCACUUGCGGACUUUUAGCACAUGCAAAGAUGUAGAUGCGGAGCAAAUUUUAAUUGAUUGUAUUCACUACCCGUCAUAAGUACGGACUCACAAAAAGUAUUGCAACAAUAUUGCAUCACCCUGACUCACCUCGGUAUCUCUAAAACCUUAACACCUACAAAAAUGCCGCCUUCAGAAAAGUUGUUGCUUUUGGUCUUCUGAAUAACUUUCCUGAAGACAGCAUCUUUGUAAGUCCUCGAGGAAUUUCUGAAUGAAUACCUGGAGGAAUGUUUUGAGGAACAUCUGAAGAAGUGCAUUAAUGAAUCCGUGGAUGAAUUCGUGAAGAAACUCCUGAAAAAAAAAAUCCUGAAGAAAUAUAUGAAGGAAUCUAUGGAGGAUUCCCUGGAGAAAUUCCUCGCGGAAUUCUUCGAGGAAUUCCUGCAAGAGUUCUGAGAGACAUUCCCGGGGAAUUCUGGCAGAAAUUACCAGAGGAGUUUCACGAGGAAUUCCUGGAAGAGUUCUAUGAUUAAUUCUUCAGGAUUUUCUGGAGGAAUCCGUGAAGCAAUUCCUAGAGGAAUUCAUGGAGUAUUUGCUGAAAGAAUUCCUGGAGGUAUUAUUUGAGGAAUUCCUGGAGAAAUGUAUGAUGCUUCCUGAAAAAAAUUGUGGAGGAAUGUCUGAAGAAACUCUUCGAGAAAUUUCUGAAGCGAUUCCGGGAGGAAUUUCUCGAAGAAUUCUUCGAGGAAUUUCUGGAAGAGUUCCGUAAGAAAUUCCUUUAGGAUUUUCUGGAGGAAUCCGUGAAGUGAUUCCUAGAGGAAUCCCUGGAAAAAAGAUUGGAGGAAUUCUGGCACACGCAGAAAAAUAAAUUGUAAACACAAUUAAAUUCUAGUUCAAAUCAACCGAUUUUCCAGUUUACUAUAGCGACAAACUGAUUUCUAGUUUAAACAGAACUGUUCUAUUGUUUGAUAAUACAAAUAUUUUCAUUUGUCGAAAUUUUAGACAGUUUGUUAAAACAAACAGAGAUAUGGUAUUUUCAACAUGAAAUUAUGGAUUGAUUCAAACGACUGCACUUUUGCCACUAACAAACCCGGAAUGUGAUUGUGUUGGUGACGGCGGCAACUGCGGCAGUUCGGAAAUCUAUUUUUAGAGCGUCAGUAAGCGGAUAGGGAGGAGAACGACUAAAAAAAGACAAAAAAGGCGAAGCCGGUCAACUUUUUGUGGAUGCUGUCGUGAGUACCUGCGCGUUAUCCAUCACGGCCAAAGCUGCAUUUGGAAGUUGGCGUGAUGGAUUUGCUACACCUGCUUUGUUGUGGCGAUGUUGGGGUAAGCAUUUUAUAGAUGUGUGAGUGCUUUCGGACCAUGUCUAUAAUUUUUAUCUUGUUUUUUAUUUUGUUGAAACAAAUUAAAUUUUUGACAUUAUAUAAAAUGAUGGUAAUCGGUUGUUUUUAUCGAUAAACUCUAAAUGAAAACAAUUAAAUAUAACUUUGGAAUAAGUAAAUUCUCAGUUUGAAAAUCAACUAUGCGUUUUAUUGUUUUAAACAAGCGCCAUUUUUCUGCGUGCAGAGAUUCCUAAAAGAUUUAUCCUAGAAGAAAUUUUAGGAGGUAUCUCUGGAGGAAUUGUUGGAGUAUUUACUGGAUGAAUUCCUGAAGGAAUUAUUUGAGGAAUUUCUGUAGAAAUAUGUAUGGCUUCCUGGAGAAAUUUCUGCAGGAAUGUAUGAAGGAACUUUUCGAGGAAUACCUGGAACAGUUCGGGGAGACAUUCCUUUAGGAUUCUCUGGAGGAGUUCUGGUACAAAUUCCUAGAGGAUCUCUGGAGGAAUUCCUGGAUGAAUUUCUGGAGGAAUUUCUGGAAUUCUUCCUUGAGAAAUUUCCGGAAGAAUUAGUGGAGGAAUUUUAGAAGGAUUUCUUAAAGAAAUACUUGGACGAAUCCCUGGAAGAAUUCUUGAGGAAAUUCCUUGAGAAUUUCCUGGAUAAUUUUCUGAAGGAAUCCAUGGAGGAAUUCCAGUAGGAAUUCUUGGAAGACAUCUGUUAGAAAUUCCUUUAAGAUUAUCUGAAGGAGUCCGUGGAGUAAUUCCUGGAGGAAAUAUUGGGGGAAUUCUGGCAGACAUUCCUAGACGAUUUUUUUUCUAGAAGAAAUUUCAGGAGGAAUCCCUGGAGGAAUUUCUGGUGAGUAUUUCUGGAGGAAUUCCUAGAAUAUUUACAGGAGGAAUUUCUGGAGGAAUUCCUAGAAUAUUUACAGGAGGAAUUCCUGGAGGAAUUUUUGGCGGAUUUUUUUAGGAAUUUCUGAAGACAUUCAUUUAUGAAUCCCUGGAGGAGUUCCGGAAGAAAUUCCUGGAAAAAUUCCUGGAGGAAUCCGUGGAGGAUUUCCUGGAGGAAUUCCUCGACAAGUUCCUGGAGAAAUUCCAAGAAAAGUUCCGGGAGAAAUCCCUUUAGGAUUUUUUGUAGGAAUCCGUGCAGAAAUUCUUGGAAGAAACCCUGGAGGCAUCUUGAAGGAAUUUCUGGAAGAAUUAUUACUGGAAAAUUUUUUGGGGGAAUUCCUGGAGGAAUACAUGCACGAAUCCUUGGAGGAAUCUCUGUAGAUUACACCAAGAACUCCUAUAGAAAUUUUCUGUCUAAAAAUUUUGACUCAAUCUAUGGAGCUUUCCCGGAGAAAUUCCUGGAAAAAAUCCUGGAGAAUAUCCUGAAGGAAUCCGUGGAGAAUUCCCUGGACAAAUUCCUCGAGAAAUCAUCUAAUUCUGGCAUCAUUAAUUGUCCAAGAUUGAAAUUCUUUCACAUCAUUGAUAUUUUUUUUUCGAUUUUUUCCGUUGUAUUUCAUACGUUUAUAAUUUUUUAUGAGAGUCGAAUUAAAAUUUCGCAUUGCCUUGAAAUCAUCACCAUCCGAAGCCUUCUCCAGAAUCCCAAUAUAAAGCACUUGGCGAUGUUAGCACCACAGCAUGUUGAAACCCCUCUUGGGAAUUCAUAUUGCAUAUGAAGCCUGCGUACUUUAGAAUCGGUACACUAAUAACCUGCUAUAGAUCGAAAACGGUUUGACCUAGGAAAAAAAAUGUAAGAAGCAAAUUAUCCUUAUUUAUUGUAUUUUGUAGAAAAAAAUAUGAAACAUGCAGUUUUUAUUUUAUUUUUAUUUUUUGAUGAAAUUAAGAUCAGAUUGUGAAAUUCAUGCCAUUUUCUUCUGCACAAACCAACGUACUUCAACACUUGCAAAUUUCACAGCUUAGGGGCUGGUAUUUUCACAUGAAUCAAAAUUACAUUCAUAAAAGAUAUGCUAAAAAUAAGUUACGACAUUAAACUCUUGACAAAUAUUAUUCACAAGACUAUAAUAAACUUAUAGCCCUAUUGUCCAUUUACGCUAUAUUCAAAGUAUUUUUACCCUUCUUACACCCAUUAGGAUUGGACAUUUGGUUACCGAGAUAUCUUUCAAAGAGUACUUGGGAGUAAUACAGGUUAACUUUUUGAGAGAUCUUUGACCAAGGGUACCAUAAUAAAUAUCUCAGCCGUCUGUCAACCGAAUUGGGUUCUCUAAGUACCAAAUGAAAGCUACAAUAUCCUUGUAUAAGGCCCUGAAAUUUUAUUUCGAUUCGACAUUUGAUUACUGAAAUAUCUUACGAAGAAUAUUUCAAUAUUUUUUUUUAUUAUUAUUAUAAUCACUUGUUAUCUUGCAUUAGUUUUUAACCAGUCUAUGGGAAAUUAUUUUUCAAUAAAUAAUGCUGACCUUUUACAAAGUGUAUACUAGCAGAUUAUUGUUUUCAACAAAAUUAUAAAUAACAAAUUACAAAUUCACAGGAAUUUUAUGAAAACUAACAAUAUGCAGGGUGGCCACUAAAUUUCAGUUCUGAAAUUCCCGUCUUUUUCCCGGUUUUCCCAGUACGAUUUUUCAACUUUUCCCGGUUUUUCAAAAUGGACAUUUUUGGAGUAUGUAACACCCGAUGCAUGGUCAUUAGGCCGAAGGUCAUUAGGUUGAAAGUCAUUAGGCCGAAUGGUCAUCAGGCCGAAUUGUCAUAAGGAUGAAUUGCAAUUCAACAAGAAACUGGAAACGGAUCUGUUGUUUUAUCAUUUUUCAGCCAUUAUUGCCAAAACUAUUUUAACAAUGAAACUAGAAAGAAUAGCUUAUAAAAAGGAAACAUUUGUGAUUUAAAUAUCAGCAUUAAAUAACAACUAGGGUAUUGGUUCCCUUCUUAAGCAUGUGGCUCCCAUUUUCAUUCUACGAAAAACAAAGGAUUGAAGCGCUGUUUGUUUUGUUUCUUAUUUUUGUAUUUUUUGUUAGAAGUGAGCACCCAUGAAAACAAAAAGAACGGAAUCAAUCGGUGCCGUAAUCGCUUGUUUUCGAAUAGGAUGAAUAUGGGAGCGUGAGAUUAAUGAUGGUACACAUACCCUAUUUUGGCAAUUUCAUAAAAUUUAUAAAUUUACCAGAGAGAACGGUCUAUGUUUAAAAGAAGGAAAAAAAUAUGCUGAGGGCGACAGGAUCAAUUCCCGGUCGGUCCAGGAACAUUUCGUUAAGGAAAUUUCCUUCACUUCCCAGGUUAUAGUUUAUUUUCGUGUCUGCCUUACGAUAUACACAUACACCAUGGUUAUUGGCAGCGGAAGCUCUCAGCUAAUAACUGUGGAAGUGCUUAUAGAACACUAAACACUAAGAACACACACCCAACGACAGCACGAAGAGAGCGUGAUUACUGAAGCGCAGGAAAGCAUGAACAGGAACGAUAUGCGGAGGUUUUAUCCACCUGUCAAUGGUGCGCGGCACAAGACUACGCCAGUGCCCGCUAUGUGCAAUGACCUCGAAGGAAGUUUACUGAUAGAUAAUGGGGCAGCUAGGUGGAAGGAGCACUUCGAAGAUUUGUUGAAUGGUAGCAGUGAAGGAGUACCCAGAAACAUGAUUAUCAUAAUUGAUUACAGUCAAGCAGUGGGACCAACAAUACUGGAUGAGAUUAAGCAGACCCUUAAGAAGCUGAAGAAAGCAAGGCUACUAGGAAGGACGAGUUCCCGGUCGAACUUCUUAAGCACCGAAGCGAGCAGCAACAUCAAUCAAGCCACCAGAUUAUUGUAAAGAUUUGGGAGGAUGAAAAAUCAGAUUGAGACCUCUUGAAGAGUCCUUCGUCGCCGAAUACCAGGCUGGAUGGUCAGGUCAUGUUGAAGAUUUUUUUGUUUGUUCCUAUUUAUGUGUAUUUUAACAAUUUGCUAAUUCUACACUUAUGUUGAAGAUAAGAUGAACAUUGUCGUGGCAUUGUAAUGUGAACGUUGAACAGAAAAACGUGACUGGUACACUGCUCCUUCUGAAAUGUUUAAAUUUUACUUGAACAGUUUUCUGGAAAUUUAAGUUAAGUCUUCAAACGAGUCGAAAUAAAUUUGUCCAACUCUAACUCUCUAAUUCGUAAGUGUUUGCUUCCAGAAAUAUAUGAAGUUUUUAUCCUAUCUUACGACUUUGAACAACUAUGUCUAUGCCAAAAAAGCGUUCCUAAAAAAAUUGAACAACAUGUUCUGCAAAAUGUAUGUAAUGUUGGUAUAUUAAGGUGAAUAUAUGA